UUUAACUUUGAAGCUAGUGGUGAAGAAACAGAAGAAGAAGGGUUUGUAGAGGCAGUUGAAGAUGCUGGGGAGAGUGAUGAGGUUGAAGCAGAAGAGGAGGAGGAGGAGUUUCAAGAACCACCUGAAGAUGCUAAGUUGUUUGUUGGGAAUUUACCUUAUGAUGUAGACAGUGAAGGGCUGGCUCGGCUUUUUGAGCAGGCUGGUGUUGUUGAGAUUGCUGAGGUUAUUUACAAUAGGGACACUGAUCAAAGUCGUGGAUUUGGGUUUGUGACAAUGAGUACGGUGGAAGAAGCUGAGAAAGCUGUGGAAAUGUACAAUCGUUAUGAUGUCAAUGGAAGACUCUUGACAGUCAACAAAGCUGCUCGUAGAGGAGAGCGACCUGAGCGUCCGCCUCGGACAUUUGAACAGUCUUACAGGAUCUACGUCGGCAAUAUCCCAUGGGGCAUUGAUGAUGCACGCCUUGAGCAACUGUUCAGUGAACAU